UAUUAGCAGUGCCAGGGAGUGGCUGUUGGGUUGCCUUUUGGCUGACAUUGCAUCCCGCCACUGUACACCAUCGCUGGAGCUGGCAGCCAGCUCGGUCUUGUACCUGUUGAUGGGCGGCUUUUCAAUUCCGUGCACUGCUGUCACGAUUCAAACUGCAGCGGGGUGGGUGGAUCACCUGUUGAACAAGUGAAACGAGUGCUUUGACAACCUAGAAAAGGAACACCGGAGAAGUUCGGGAUCUAGAAGUCAGACGCUGUAAGAGAAGAAGACUGACCGGCUUCAAUAGGACCGACUGCAGAGACAUUCAACCCACAUCACCUGCUGAAAUCGGUAUAAAGUGUGUCUGGAUUGAACUGUAAAUCAACGCUCAUUCUGUAUACAGUCCGCCUGGACAAUCACAAAAAAGGAAAUUGUGAAUUAAUCACGGAUAUAAAAGAAUUUGAUCAGUAAGUGAGGUCGGACACAGAGUCUUGGUCAAGAAUGGCGUCCAUCGCAACUCCGCUGAUCGUGGCUUUUGUUCUGCUGGGCAUCGGGUUGCUGCUGCACAUCAUCGGAUUCGCUGUCCCUCAGUGGCACGACCAGGAGUGGAUGACGUCAGAGCGUUACCUGGUGAGGGUGACCUAUGGCCUCUGGCGCUACUGUUACAACUCCUGGCACAGACGUAGUAUGGAUCCGGAGGUGUGCACCAGCAUUGUGGACAGCCAGUAUGACAGAGGCUACACUCGGGCAACGCAGUUCUUCGAGACAGUCGGACUCAUAGCCGCCAUUGCGUCCAUCGUGCUGCUGCUGCUGGGCGUGUGUGUCGCCACCUGUCGGGAUCGCCGCAUCUUGCCCAUCCUCAGCGGCAUCUGCAGCAUUGCAGCAGCUGGCUGCAUCCUGCUGGGUACAGUCAUAUUCGGAGCCAACGACGCGGAAGAGGACCACCUGUCGUGGGCCUUUGCUCUCUGCAUCGUCGGAGGCAUCUUCUUCGGCGUGGCUGGCGUCCUUAUCAUCGUCGCUUCUGUCGUUCUCAAGCGCUAGAGAACUACAUAAUUGGCAUAGCCGGUCAAGGUGUCAUGUCUUGGCAAGUGUGAGAGCUGCAAGUCAUUUUGUUUUUCUUUUGAAACCGUCUAAAAUUUCGAAGAGUUUCUCCUUCGUUUUGAGCUGAGGUCUACAUACUUAACUGUUUGAAGGACAUGUAGCUGUCAGAGGUUUAGACGUUGAAAUGUCUGAAGUGUAGGUAUUUAAUUAUAUAACUAGUCAUUUUAACACUGAGGUGAAGUAUUUAAAACUCUAUCAUCACGCCAAUUGUAGAUAUAUGCAAAUAUUUUCUGCUGACAAACGGCUUGCUAACCCUGAAAAAAACCGUUUGUGGGAAUUCAGAUGUAGCUCAAAAAGUGGAGUAAACAAAUGAAAUACCUCGAAAUAGAUUUCUAGUCCAGGCAUUUAUCUUUUGGAAAUUUAAGUAUCUAAUUGUUUUCGAGCUUGACAUUUUAACUGUCUGUGUUCAAGGCAUUAAACUGUCUGAUGACUAGAUACUUAAUUGUUUGAGUCUAAGAAUUUAAUUGGCUAAGGGCUAUGCUUUCCUGAAGCUUCCUUUAAAUUUUAGUUUUGAAUACGAGCAAGAGAAGAAAAAAUGCUGAGACAGUAUCAUGAUGACUAGAAAAGGGGAAAUUCUGAAAAGUGUAGGUCUAAGACAAAAAGGGAAGUGGGAUUAGCGUUUACACGGAGGGAAAGUCAGGUAAUGGCUGUUGGUGUGGGCCUGGAUGUGUGCACAUCGCUUGGCUCAUCCCAACUGUUCUGUGCAUGUUGCAUACAGACUACUACAGACAACAGUGCAUGUUGCAUGACUACCACACAAGCUGCAAUGUCUGGGUUCUAGGCUUCUGCUUGUGUUCAAGAUGUGGCUCGUUAAAGAUGCUUAUUCUGCUUGGCAGGUGUGUUUGUGUGUGUCCGUGAGCGCAAGGAUGGAUGGCUUGAAUGCAUUGGACAAGAUCCGGGAAAUAAGUGUGUAGUUCUCUGUGUGUGGGUGUGUGUGUGUGUGUGCGUGUGCGUGUGAAUUUUCUUCGUAUUAUUAUUCAUUGCUGUUAGGUUGUAUCCGUCCACAUCAUUUUACCUCUCUAGACGAGUUCUCCACUACAUCGCUGCCAUUGUAUUCCUUUUCCUGUUGAAGUAUUUCCUCCCACUGGUGCAGCUAUUUGUUUAAUUCUCCUUCCUCUGUUGACAGCAGACUUUGCUUGGAACUUGGUUAUUCUUAGCUCGCAGCACAAAGUACACAUACACACACACAACAGAGCAAACAGUAGCACAUAGCAACUUCUAGACAUCAGGAACACAGCUCAUGACACUUACCUGCUGCUUACCUGUAGGGUACCCAAUCGGAGCCUGCUGAGACAGGCAGAAAGAUUGAUGCUGAUUCACUUUUUAUUUUCCUCCGGUAUGUUCCUAGCGUGUGCGGUUUUGAAACUGUGUGGGUUUUGUUUGGUUUUUCUUUUAUUUUUGGUUGAUUUUUUUUUUUUUUGUACAUCAGCUGUACUUUAAUACAGCAUCGAAACAUAUUUUUCAAGGUGGAUUUCAUAUGUAUAUUUCUGUUGAUGCUGCUAUUAUGUAUGACCUGUUGCAAAGCAGUUUGACACAUUAAAAUAUUACUGUUUUACUCCA